CUACUCCUGUGGAUGACUAAAAUGAUCGCAAAAAAGUUCUCCCUUUAAGUGCCCCAAUGUACAGUGGUUAUUACAUGUGUGUGUUUGCUGCAGUGUGCUACUACGUAUAAUGUGUGUAUACUUACUUCAGUGUGGAGGGAUCGUGUCUGUGUGAACCUAUGUUGGACGCACUUCACUACAGCUUCAACAGACAGCGGUUUUCACCCUGCACCCAGUCUAUGGGAGAUCAGUUUCGAGUGCCGAAAUAUGAUCUCAGCCACUCGCUGUCAGGAACAAACAGAACUACACCUCUACUGGUAGAGAGACAUGGAGUCUGGCCCGGAAUGUUCCUGAUGUAUGUUGGAGUCGACUGGUGUAUGCUGACAGUGUAUUCAAUGGACAUGGAACAACAAAGAAAGACUUCUUGAAGCAAGUUGAUAAGUGUACCCAAGAAGUGUCACGAGACCACUAUAUACAUCCCAACAGACUAUCGGUUCACUUCCCACGGUGGAGGCAAGCGCCCAGCCUCAACCUCAUGGGCCUACCCUCUCAGUGGGGUACUGAGCUUUCUUGUGCCAUUUUCUCCCUCUCUCUCCACCUCCUCUCACCUCUCCUCCGGCCGUCAGACUGCGAGUGGAGGAGAUGAAGACAACCAGGAGAUGUCCCUUCAAUUGUGAGAUUAUAGAGGUUGAGGAAGGAGAGAAAAG